UGCACCAAGCCACUUGUUGAUACCUAUUUCAGGUUCUGUACACAUUGUGCAACCUUGAGUUUUUAAAGUUUUCCUACUGGCUGAUAUUCGGCCGCCCUAGGAGGACCAGUCAUUUGCGACCAAUUUGCCGCCAAAGCUGCUGGCAGACUGACUUCCGCUACCGAGCUUAAACCGAUUCAGUUCUAUCUUUCCUGACGCAACCAUGUCCUUCGCCGACCUCAGCAAGACCCAGCGCGACGAGUUCGCCGCCUCUCUGGCCGUUCUGGCGCUCUUCGACGCCGGUGUCGAGGUCACUGCCGAUGCUCUGACCAAGACUUUCGAGGCCUCGGGCAACGACGUGGCUGCCUACGUGGCCCCGCUCUUCGCCGACCUGCUGGGCCGUGGCCUGGACGUCGAGAAGUUCCUUGCUGGCCCCUCAGCUGGUGCCGCCCCUGCUGCUGGCGCUGCCGCUGGUGACGCCGCCCCCGCCAAGACGGAGGAGAAGGCCGUUGAAGAGGAGGAGGAAGUCGACAUGGGCGGUGGCAUGGACAUGUUCGGCGGAGACGAGGACUACUAAGUGUCUACUGCCUCCACGCCCGUUGGGAGUCGGUCUGAGCGUUCACAAGGAGCGUGAAAGGGCUGUGUUAGGUAUCUUUGAUAGUGUAUUGACGUCCCUGCCACUCUGUCUCCACGUGUAACGCGAAUAAAUCGACAAGGAACUACUCCAACAGUCUCGUCUAUCGAUGCAGCACACGCAGACGCGGGUCGCUGUGCAGACGCUUGUCCAUCUCGGCGUAUUUGUGCAAUGCAGUCUCCUCAUGGCUAGCCAGUCGCUGCUCCAGGAUCUGAAUGCGGAACAUGGUCUCACUACAGAAGCGCUCAAACUCGUCAUCUGUACCCUGAUCGUGCUCGCGCUGGCUACGCUGGAAUGCAGCUUGGCGCUUGGCUAGCAGUGUGUUCUCCUUGUCCAGACGCCCUUGGAUUAUAUUAGCGCGCUCAAGCAGACGCUCCUUCAAGUUGCGUAGGCAAAGGUCGCGCACAGUUUGGGCGUCUUCCUUUGACAGGUUUCCUCCCGUUGAGUGAACGCUCUGCAGGAAUGGACUGAGAUAGUCCACCUCGCUCUUUGCCUGUAAGGAUCAAAAGAUGAGAUCAUUGCCGUGAUUGCAAUCCCAUUCAGGAGACGUACGUUCUUGUCGAGCUCCUUGGCGUAUUCUUUGUCAUUGGCUUGUGCCUCGUCCUCGUUGCUGUCGAAGAAGCUCGUUUCCAACGCAAUUGCCAUUUCCUCUCGCUUUCGGAUUUUUAGAAUAUCUUGAGUC